AGGCUUCAACUGGACUUAUCCUAUCGCUUCUUUCGGCUGCGGUAAAUAUCCCCAAACCGACGCUAUAUGUGCUUUGUAACACGCCCAUUUCACACCGAGGGAACGUUUUGAAAUGGCAGCGAGCGUAGGGCCGGUCAUGAAUCCGCCGCAGGGGAGCGACGAGCGGGUGGUUUUCACGCAGCUAAAGCCGGUGAGGAUGUCCAGAGCAGCGGACUGUGCCGAGGACUCAUCCGUGUUUGAGGACGUUAAGCCCGGGGCCCAGUUGGAGAUGGACAAAUACCUCCCACAGAUCACCGGUUCGCUUUUGAGUCCUGCCAUCAACCUGAGUGACAAAAAGUAUCGGCGGGAGAGCGCCUCGGUGGUGGACGAGUACUUCGCCGAAGACAAGCCCGGUGCCCCAUACAGCCUCAACAUCAACGUCAUCCUUCCCAGCUCCAGCCACCUGCGCACGGGCCUUUACCGCCACAACUCCAAGACCCUGGCCCCCACGCAAAUCAAGACAGAGCCUGGACUGGAGGUGCCCUGCUCUUCGGCUAGCACCCAGGCCCUGCCGGACUUCACUUCAGUGUUCAACGUGCCGCCCGUGGUCAAUGGUGUCUUUAUCAAGCCCGACCUGAGCUCUGGGGCCGUAACCCUUUCUGGCGGGUCGCAGCCACAGCAGAGUUUGGACACAGAGCUUCAGAUUGGACCCCAGCCCCCCCAGCCGCAGGUCUACCACAUGCCGGUCAACAACGUAGCAGACCAUACCAUGACUCUGUCCCUCUCCGGACCAACGGCGUCUGGUUCUCGGACCAUGCUGAACCUCGGCAAUGCCAGCAACGGGGGUGGCUACAUGUUGCCCGAGCACCAGUUGGGAGCGCAUCACGGUUACUACCAGGCAUCUUCCGCCCCGCACGCGGGACCCCACAGCCUGCCACCCUCUCCCCCAAACUCUCAACCGGGCAGCCCUGACGCUCAACCCGAAGUGCUUAGUUUGGCGAGCCAGCCGCCGCCCCCGUACCAACAGCACGUAGUGUGUGGAAUAAAAGUGACGGGGUUGUCUCAUCACGCCAUGCUGAUGACGCACGGCCAGGGCGUCCUGACAGGGCCAAAAUACAACAGGCGGAACAACCCAGAACUGGAGAAGAGGAGGAUUCAUUUCUGCGACUACCCAGGCUGCACAAAAGUUUACACAAAGAGCUCGCAUCUCAAGGCGCAUCAGAGGACGCACACAGGAGAGAAGCCGUACCGCUGCACGUGGGAAAACUGCGACUGGCGCUUCGCCCGCUCCGACGAGCUGACCCGACACUACCGCAAACACACGGGCGCCAAACCCUUCAAGUGCGUGGCCUGCAGCCGAUGCUUCUCGCGCUCGGACCACCUGGCCCUGCACAUGAAGCGCCAUCAGAACUGAGAACCCCGCCCCGCCCGCCGCCCACAAACGGAGCCCGCUGGGAUUCACCGGACAAGUUGGAAAAUUUCACUGUAGGCUAUUUUCUCAUUUUGUUUUUCAUAAUCACAAAAGAUUGGGUCAAAAUGAGAUACCUUUAACAUUUUUUUUUUACAAAUUUUAUCGCUACAGCAAUGAAACAAUGGCAACACACCCACAAAACAUAAAGUUAAAGCUAAUGGUGUGUUAAAUCUAUGCCAAAUUUAUUUUGCAUUUGUCAACUCACACCUUGCCAUGUGCUCCAUAUGCCAUUUUUAGCGUGAAAAAGAAUUCUCAUCAAACCCCUCAAUUUUUUUUGCUUCUUCCUUGACUCGUGCGUCACAUUUCCACAAAGAUUUUUUUAGAUUUGGACUAAAUUUGUCAAUUUUUUUAACUAAAUUUUCAUCCAAAUCAAUUACUUUUUUGACCAAAUGUUGUCAAAAGAAAUUAUGCAUUUGACUUAAGAAAUGACUCCCAAAAAAUAUGUGACAAGUGGAAAGCAGUGGACGACUUUUUUAAAAAAAUUAUUAAAAGCUUUUUUUCUUGAAUCAUGCACCACCUUUCCACAAAAUUUGAAUGAAAUCUUGAAGUCUGUAUUUUUGACAAAAAAAUGUAACAUUAUAAAAGGGAGGAGUAUGAAAACUUCAGUGAUGCCGACAUUUUUCCCUUGACUUAUGCAUCGCCUAUGUCUUGUUAAAAAAAAUUGGGAUAUUUUUAAUGUAAAAAAAAAAAAAAGACUGAAAAAUGUGGGAGGAAAAAAAUUCAAGGCAGAAGAAUAAUUUGUAAAUAUGCGUGAGAAAUUUUUUGAGUUACUGGUUGAAAGACGCAUCGCCUUUCUACCACCCACCCCAAAAGAAAUUGUUGACAUUGGGCAACGUCAAAUGAUGAAGAAAGUCAACUUACGAGUGGCGAAUUCGAUACAUCUGCUAAGAACAAACAAAAAAAUUGCACAUCUUUUAACUUUUCUUAACUCAUACGCACUUUGUGCAACAUUUUUUUAAAUAGGUUUCACACAAAAAAAAAACCCCAAAAAAAACAUAACCUCCUAAAGACUUUUUUUCUACAAUAUUGACAAAAAUCCUAUCAGCCCAAACUGGUUUUUUCAUUGCUAACGUGCCACGUAUGCAAACUUCAGAGCAAAUCAAUUGGCAUUUUUUUUUUUUAGCCUAUGUAUACAUUGUAAUAUUCAUUUUUUUAUUCCAUCCUAACUCAUUCAUUGGUGAGAUUUGUCCGUGCGAAAUCUUCCUUUUUUUUUUUUUUUUUUUUUGCAAAAGAAUUUUCCAACUUUCCGUUGGAUGGGUGGAAGCCCCGCUUCGAUCUCAUGUAAAUAAUGUUUAUAUAUCUAUUGUGCAUAAGUGUGCCUGCGAAGUAAUAAAAAAAAAAUUGGAAUGUAUUUAGAUUUACACUAUAUUUUUUUUCCCGCAUUGUGUUUAUAAGAUUCAAAUCUUCUCAAGUGUGUUAAAAAAAAAAAAAAAAAAAAAGGGGGGGGUGAAACAUAAUUGGAAUUAGUCAUGGACUGGUUCUGCCUGUUCUGGAGGUGACAGGGCACAGUCGUUAGUUGAGCUUUGUGUUGCUUGCUUCCUAUGGCAACCGAGUGAAAUUUUGCAAUGUAAUUAUUUUUAAGUCAAAUUUUUUUAAAUCUUUUGAAAAAUAUUAUUCCCCCCCCCCAUCAAUGCACUGUAGAUUUUUUUUUUUAUGGCUUUGCAAGGAUUCAUGUUCUCCAACUGCGGAGUGCACGUCAACUGCGACAAAAAUUUGCAAUUUGAAAAAUGUUUUCAUGGCUUUUGUAACUAUUUCUGUUUUUUUUUUUUUUAAAUGAUCUCAACAGGAUUUGAAUGUUGAAUUUGAAUGUUCGUCGUCAGCCGUUGUGGCGUUUUCUAUUUUUAUUUGUAUUGUUUUUUUUUGCAAUGAGAUA